AUGUAUCAAAGCAAACAUUCAGUGCGGUGGGUACGAGCCAAUUACGAAGCCGUGGAGAUUACCCUCCCCGGGUCUCUGUCCAGGACCGCCAGCGAGGAGAAGUAUGUCUCCCUGUACUGGGACUUGUUCUUACCCAAGUGCCGGGACCGAACGGCCUCGAGGGAGUGGACCAGGACCUCCCAGAGUUUAUUCCGAACGGAGCCAGCUCUGAGGUCUGCCGUCCUGGCCGUGAGCCUUGGGAUGCUAGCCGAGAGGGAAAAUUGUCAGUGGAUGGGAGAGGAAGGCGUGAAGGCGUAUGGGAAAGCACUCCUAGAAGCGACGGCAGCACUGAAGUCGCCGUCCCGAGUCAAGAGCGACGCGCUGAACAUGGAGCAGAUAAUCGACGGCAUCAAACGGCGCAAGCGGACAUCGCUGAGCCGAGAUGAGUGGAAGACUGUCCCCUGGACAAAGCACGCAAAGGGAACCAAAGACCAGCUUCUGGACAUCCUUGUCGAGGUUCCAGGAUUUUUCGAAGACGUGGACAAUUGUGAGAGCCUGGCCGACCCCGAAAUGAAACACGAGGAAUACCGGCGACUCGUAGCCACCUGCCUCAGUCUCCACGCCCAACUUCAGGCCUGGUAUGGUGCCCUGCCACCUGGACAGAGAUAUGUGGACACGUCCGGCCUCGGGGUUGAGGAUGAACGAGCGAUUGAAGAGUUGCCAGGCAUGUACACGAUGCUGCUGUACUGGGCGACUUGCCUUUAUCUCUAUAACGCCAUGCGGGUGCACAGCCAAAAGCGCCCGGCUAGUGUGCCCCCUUUCCUUUCUGACAUCAAGGACGCCGUCAAUCUCGGCCAGUACGUCAGUAAUAUGAGCCGGCUCUUGCCAUUCUUCUUCAACCCAAAUGCGGGCAAAGCCAACCUGCUGCUCGCGGCGUUCCCGCUGGGGACGGCACUGCAGUUCAUGCUCCUCCUCAAGGGACAGGCGUGUGGUGGAGACACGCUGCCGGAAGAAGACAGCAACCAGCUGAUGGUGCUUUUCACGAAGCCUGAAUUCAAGCCGGUCAUGGAUUUCUUGAACAGCUUGCAGCGUGACAAUGAUAUCCGUGGAGAGCGACCCGCAGCAACAUUUGAGGACCGGGUGAAGCAGCGGGCUGGACUGGUGACUCUGCUCCAAGAGAGCCAGAUCCCCGACACGCAGAGGGUCAAGGCCGUCACGGCAGAGCUCCAGAAGAACUUCUACUCCAAGCCCGAGUCCCUGCUCCUCCUGGUCGAGAUCGUCUGCACCAGCGAGGAUGUCAACCUCCGCCAGCAGGCCGCCGUCCAGGCUGCCCGCCUCGUCCCCAAGUACUGGGAGAAGAUACCCGCAGAGCAGAAGGCUGGCGUCCGCCAGCAUCUGGUCGAGGCCACCAUGAAGGAGCAGCACGCCAAGUGCAGACACUCCGAGUCCCGUGUCAUUGCCGCCAUUGCCAGCCUCGACCUCGACGACAGCGCAUGGCCGGACCUGAUUCCUUCUCUCUUCACCCUCGCUAGCAACAGCGAUGUCUCGCACCGUGAGGUCGGGUCCUACAUCAUCUACGCGAUUCUCGAUGAGAACCCCACGCACUUUGCCGAGAAGGUCCGCGACCUGCUCUCCCUCUUCUCCAACACCAUCAAGGACCCUCAGAGCGCGGAUGUCCGGGUCAACACCGUCAUGUCUAUCGGCGCUGUGUUGAUGCUCGUCGAGCCGGAAGAGGAUGAGGCUGCUGUCACGGCUGUUCAGCAACUCAUUUCUCCCAUGGUCAACGUCCUGAAGGAUGCCGUGGAGAGCAACGACGACGAGAAGACCAAGCAGUCAUUUGAGGUCUUCCAGCAGUUCCUUGCUUACGAGCCUGUCCUUCUCGGCUCUCACCUGCGAGACCUCAUGGCCUUCAUGGCUGAGCUGGCUGCCAACAAGAACGCCGACGAUGAGGUGCGCUGCCAGGCUCUCGCCUUCCUGGCACAGGCUGUCCGCUACCGCCGGAUGAAGGUGCAGGGUAUGAAGGACAUGGGCUCGCAGCUGACCCUCAAGAGCAUGGAGAUUCUCACCGAAAUCGAUGACGACGAGGACGAGGACGAGAUCACACCUGCGCGGGCAGCCCUGUCUCUCCUAGACCAGCUGGCAUCCGACCUGCCCCCUCGUCAGGUCAUCGUGCCUUUGCUCGAUGCUCUACCCAAGUUCGCAUCAUCCGCAGAGCCUGGAUUCCGCAAGUCUGGUGUCCUUGCUCUGGGCACCGUGGCCGAGGGCGCCCCAGACUUUGUCUCCACCCAGCUCAAGAUGAUCAUGCCCAUCGUCCUGCGUCUGCUCAAUGACCCCGAUGCUGGAGUCCGCCACACCGCUCUCAUUGGGCUGACUCGCAUUGCCGACGAGAUGGCCGAGGAAUUGUCGGAUGACCGUGAUGCUCUCGUCGAGGCGUUGCUGAAGAACAUCCAGGCUGCCAGCGCCGAGACCUCGGAUGCGGAUGUUGCCAAGAAGAACGUCGAGAUCAUGCGGUGUUCUUGCGCUGCUCUGGAUGCUUUGGCGUCUGGUUUCGACUCUGAUGUCAUGCAGAAGUACGGCCCAGAGCUGAUCACUCCCAUCGGCAACCUCCUGUCUCAUCCCGACUUCAAGGUCAAGGGUGCCGCCGCCGGUGCCCUCGGCGCUAUCGCCGGUGCCAUGGAGGAACACUUCGCCCCCUACUUCGAGAACACGAUGACUGCCCUGGGACCCUUCAUCCAGAUCAAGGACAGUGAAGAUGAGCUUGAGCUUCGGAGCGGUGUGUGCGACGCCAUGGGCCGCAUUGCCACGGCAGUCGGCCCCCAGAAGUUCCAGCCUUAUGUUUUGGAGCUCAUGAAGGCAAGUGAGGAGGCACUGAACCUCGGAAACCCAAGGCUGCGGGAGACGAGCUUCAUCUUGUGGAGCGCCCUGUCCAAGGUCUACGGCAAGGAAUUUGCCCCAUUCAUCGCCGGGGUUUUCAAGGGUCUCUUUGACAGCCUGGAGCUUGAGGAAGAGGAGCUCGUCCUGAACUUGUCCGAGGAGGAGAAGGCCAUCAUUGGCACGGAGGAUGGUAUCAUCCAAGGUGGCAGGAAGAUCAAGAUCCGAGAACCCGAAGAGGGCGAAGAGGCCAUGGAGGACGACGGCUUCGAGGAUGAGGAUGACGACGACUGGGGAGACUACGGCGUCACCCCCGAAGCAAUGGAGAAGGAAGUCGCCAUUGAGGUCCUUGGAGACGUGGUCACCCACGCUUGUGGUCUUGCUGAGAUCUCGCAAUACCUCGAGAAGGCGCUGGAGAAUAUCACACCGCUUGUUGAGCACAGCUACGAAGGCUGCCGCAAGGCGGCCAUCAGUACUUUGUGGCGGUCGUACGCGCGUGUCUACGAGCUGUUUGAGGAGCAGACCGGCACCAAGUGGGAGGCCGGCUUCCCUCCCAAGCAGGCCCCGUCGGAGACCCUGACCAAGCUGGGCGAGAUUGUCUCUGCGGCCACACUGAAGCUGUGGCCUGAUGAGACCGAUCGCAACGUCGUCACCGACAUCAACCGCAAUGUGGCUGCGACUCUGAAAGCGUGUGGGCCUGCCAUUCUCACACAGGACAAGAUGGUCGAACAGACCGUUACCGUUCUGACCACCCUGAUCACCCGCUCGCAUCCCUGCCAGCAGGAUCUCGGUGAUGAGGAAGAGCAGGACGCUGACGCUGGCUCUUCUGAGUACGACUGGCUCAUCAUCGACACCGCCCUCGACGUGGUCAUAGGGCUGGCCGCUGCCAUGGGUUCUCAGUUCGGUGAGCUGUGGAAGAUCUUCGAGAAGCCAGUCAUGAAGUUUGCCUCCUCUCAAGAGGACCUCGAGCGCUCAACAUCGGUCGGUGUGAUUGCCGAGUGCGCCGCACACAUGGGCGCGGCUGUGUCCCCUUACACGCCUGCGAUCCUCAAGCUCCUGCUCAAGCGUCUCACCGACCCUGACCCCGAGACCAAGAGCAACGCCGCUUACGCAACUGGUCAGCUCAUCUACCACUCCACCGAUGCCAACACCUACCUGCCGAGCUACACAGACAUCCUCACCAAGUUGGAGCCUAUGCUUUCCAUCGACCACGCGCGCCUCAAGGACAACGCAACGGGCUGCGUGUGCCGCAUGAUCAUCUCCCACCCUGAUAGGAUGCCAAUUGCCGACGUGCUCCCUGUCCUCGUUGGUCUGCUUCCGCUGAAGGAGGACUUUGAGGAGAACAAUCCUGUGUACGAGUGCCUGUACAAGCUCUACGAAGCCAAUGAGCCUACCGUACAGAGCCUGACCCCUAAGCUCAUCGGGGUCUUCGAGAAGGUGCUGAGCCCGCCCGAGGAGCAGCUCCAGGGCGAGACGCGCCAACUCGUGCAGCGCAUCGUCCAGAGCCUGUACAAGGCCAAGCCAGAGCUGUUCCAGGGUCACGAGCAGGUGCUGAAGGUUUCCGGUGCGGCUUAA